CGUCGAUUUUCCCAUCAUCCGCCUCUAAGAGCUCAGAAGUAGGGAGAUCCUGGUCCGCGCUCUCAUCCUCUUCCUCCAAGCCUGGGGAAGGGAGGUCCUGGCAGGUGGUCAGGGCGUUGCAGUUCGAGUCCAGGCCAGGAUCGGGUGAAGAAGAAGCUCCGGAGCAGGAAUCAGGAGAGCAGCAGAAGCUGUCCGGUGCAGACCUAGAAGACAGGGAUGGCGAAGCCCAGCAAGUGAAGACAAGAGCUGCGGGAAGGACACCGAGGUGACUGACGACAGCAGCGGGCCUGAAGGCUCUGGCUGCUUUGAAAGAUAUUUCAAUGAGAUGCAAAUCGCAAUCGACUGGCCAUUAGUUUCCACUGCAGUGUUUGCAGGUGGAGUCAAAUGUAACCCCCCGGGAAUGGAGCCAGGAGGGUCAGAGAACGCGGCUGCGCUCUGGAUUUCCGAAGGGGGGCGGGGGCUUGGAAGAGGUCCGGGCCCAGAAUGGACCUCCGGGUCCCUGCUGCCGCAAUCUGGCCCUGCCCUCCUGCCUACCCCUUCCUUCCAGAGGAAGGGACCCAGGGAGACCCACCCAGAUGCCCUGAAAGGAGGCAGGGGAUGGGGGUGGGGCGAUAUGCAGAGUUUGCCUGGUGAAUGCAGGAAAGGGGUGGGAGCUGGAGAGGAAAAGGAUGGAGCAGCCGUCAGCUUGUCAACUCCGCAUCUGCUGGCUGCCUCGGCCGGGCUCCAGCCUGCGCCCUCGCCCCUCGGAACAGCGGUAUGUCCAUUCUCUCCGCAUUCGUCUCCAUCGUUCAGUCACCACCGCACCCCUUCUCUAUUCAUUUCUCCUGCUCCCUUGUCCUGCCCCGCCCCUCGUGCCCUGGUCCAUCGGUCUACACCCAUGGGCCGAGCCCUUCUCACCAGGGUCCUCCUGGAACCGCUCCGGCCUUGGGCUUGUCCGCGGCUCCCACGGUCCCCGCCCGGCGGGGCACAGAGCGGGAGGGGAGGGGCACUAGCACAACCCACUCUGCGCAGCGCAUCUGCACCCCUUCGCGCAUGGGCGUGGCGUAGCUCAGACCCGCCCCCAGCGCUUAGCGUCUUGUGUCACCCACCUAGCGGGUUUGAUAUAUCCCAAGCUUUUGGCCCCGAGUGGGCCCUGAUGCAAAGGCCCCUGGGUCCUGCUUCCGUGAAGCGAGUCCUCCCAGCACCCCACCCCGCACAUUCUGGAAAGAGCCAGACUCUGGCUGCGCCGAGCAAGAACAGAACCACAAGAAGGUUACACAAUUAUUUAUUGAGAGCCUCCUCUCCCCGCCCUUGCAAUCUCUAGGUCACUUUUUCCGCUUGUAGAUUUU